UGGAGGAGAAAAUUUUUUUCUAUAUAAGCGCAACAACCUUCCUCUGAGCCUCCAUAAUCCCUUCCUCUAAUCGCUGCUUUCAAGGGCCCCUCUCUUAAUACACUGUUUAUUUCUCUUCUCAAUCUAUUUCCUUUUCUCUCUCGAACUUUCAAAUCUCUGUAUAAAGAGAAUUGCCGCUUCUGUUUUUUCUAUUUGAUUUCUUUUAGCUGCUGUUUCGAGGAGGAAUUCAGAGGCGAAGAAAAAUGGCUAAGAAUGUGGGAAUUCUCGCUAUGGACAUCUACUUCCCUCCUUCCUAUGUUCAGCAGGAAGCACUGGAGGCUCAUGAUGGCGCUAGCAAAGGGAAAUAUACCAUUGGACUUGGACAGGAUAGCAUGGCAUUUUGUACUGAGGUGGAGGAUGUCAUCUCAAUGAGUUUGACUGUUGUUACUUCACUUCUCGAGAAGUAUAAUGUCGAUCCUAAACAAAUCGGUCGUCUGGAAGUUGGUAGUGAAACUGUGAUCGACAAGAGCAAAUCUAUUAAGACCUUCUUGAUGCAAAUUUUUGAGAAAGAAGGAAACACUGACAUUGAAGGCGUUGACUCGACUAAUGCAUGUUAUGGGGGGACUGCAGCUUUAUUCAACUGUGUCAAUUGGGUUGAGAGUAGUUCAUGGGAUGGACGCUAUGGACUUGCAGUGUGUACUGACAGUGCGGUCUAUGCAGAGGGUCCAGCCCGACCAACUGGAGGAGCUGCAGCAAUUGCCAUAUUGAUAGGUCCAGAUGCACCUAUUGCUUUCGAAAGCAAAUUUAGGGGGAGCCACAUGUCUCAUGCUUAUGAUUUUUACAAGCCUAACUUGGCUAGUGAAUAUCCAGUUGUGGAUGGCAAGCUUUCUCAAACAUGCUACCUCAUGGCUCUGGAUUCCUGCUACAAACAAUUCUGUGCCAAGUAUGAGAAAUUGGAGGGCAAACAGUUCUCUAUUUCUGAUGCUGAGUAUUUUGUAUUUCAUUCUCCUUACAAUAAGCUUGUACAGAAAAGCUUUGCUCGAUUGGUGUUCAAUGAUUUUGUGAGGAAUGCCAGCUCUAUCGAUGAGGCGGCUAAAGAAAAGUUGGCUCCAUUUUCAACAUUAUCUGGGGAUGAAAGCUACCAAAACCGAGAUCUUGAAAAGGUGUCCCAACAAGCUGCCAAGCCCCUUUACGAUGCAAAGGUGCAACCUACCACUUUGGUACCAAAGCAAGUUGGCAAUAUGUACACUGCAUCUCUGUAUGCAGCAUUUGCAUCUCUCCUUCACAAUAAACACCCUGAAUUGGGAGGCAAGCGGGUGAUACUAUUCUCGUAUGGGAGUGGUUUGACAGCCACAAUGUUCUCAUUGAGACUACAUGAAGGCCAACAUCCCUUUAGCUUGUCAAACAUUGCAGCUGUGAUGAAUGUUGCAGGAAAGUUGAAGACAAGACAUGAGUUCACCCCUGAGAAGUUUGUAGAUAUCCUGAAGCUAAUGGAGCACCGAUAUGGGGCUAAAGACUUUGUGACAAGUAAGGAUUGCAGCAUCUUGGCGCCGGGAACAUACUAUCUCACAGAAGUUGACGCCAUGUACCGAAGAUUCUAUGCCCAGAAGGCUGUUGGCAAUGCAGUUGAAAAUGGCUCACUUGCUAAUGGUCAUUGAUGGCAAAUGGAAGUAUAAUAACACGCCAGUCGCCAGGAAAUCAGCUCGUAUGUUUUUAGAUAUUCAAUCCUAAGUCAUUUGUGUUUCCUUGAAGUUAGUGUUCUAAAGCAAAUAGUUUGUUCAGCAGCAAGUGUUCCUAGUGUAUUUUUUUCCCUUUAUAAAAUUCCUCCUCAUGUUUCUUUA